AACCCGCCCGCGCCCCCUGAUGCGCACACUCAAUCCGCUCCCGCCGGCGCGCCGUCCACCCGGCUCCUUCCGCCCAGCGGGCGUGCCCGCCUGGGAAACUGAGGCAGGGAGCGUGCCUGUGAGUCCGUCGCUUCCUCUAGCCACACCCCAGGGCCCGCAAAGCUGCCUCCCCCUCCUCAGACCCGCAUGGAAGAGCAGGGAAACACGGGAGGUAGAGGAGGGGGCCGAAAAGAAGAGGGUUUGAGGACCCGGACGGUCCUGCCACACUCAAGAUGGCGGCCGGGAGCGGCGAGGUCCCUCAGAGGCGGUACCAGCGCAUGCGCAGCGCGGAGUCCCGGCCCGGGACACAAGAUGGCGGGAGCGGCGCUGGGGAGGGAGAGGCGGAGGCGGCAAAACGGGCGGCCGAGCAGAACGUAUAGCCGCAUCCCCUCGAGUCCGCUUCGGGCAGUUGCUGAUACAAGGAAUUCCCUGGGCCCCCGUUCACUCCACUGCUGACCAGCCCACCCACGUGCUGAGCCUUUCUGCAGGCCUCUUCCCUGCCUCUGUGGGACCCUGUGACUCGGGGUCCAUCCGGCCGGAGAAGAAAAUCCUCUCAUGCUAGUAUUGCAGACCUUGGAGGGUGAGAAAAAGAGGGAACUCGUUCAGCCUUGAGACCUGUGGGCUCAGCCCCAAGGCACCAGGAACCCCUCUUCCACAGAGAACCAAGGCAACUACAGCUUUUUCUCCCCUUGGUCAGUGAUUCCAAACCUUUUUGUUAUCAUGGCCCCUUUUUGUUGUAUGGAUGUCCUUUUGCUUCCUGCAUUUUUAUUUGCCAAACUGUACCAAUGAAACAACCAUUUACUUUUCCCUUUCCAAAUUAACAAAAGAUGUCUACGACUGAGUGUACAAUAAAAUCAAUGUCCCAAUGAUUCCUAUGAUGUUGUCAACAGCCAAUCAGAGCUUCUGAUCAGCAUGAGAUAAUCAGUGUGACCACAGUGAAUUGAUAAAAUUCCAGCAAGCAAAGAUAACUGAUGUUUAAAUGUGCCUUUGUGGUCUUUUGGUGGGUCCGGUGUGGGUGCUGAGAUGGCCAAUGAGAACCACGGCAGCCCCCGGGAGGAAGCAUCCUUGCUGAGUCACUCCCCGGGCACCUCCAAUCAGAGCCAGCCCUCUUCUCCAAAGCCCAUCCGCCUGGUGCAGGACCUCCCAGAGGAGCUGGUACAUGCGGGCUGGGAGAAGUGCUGGAGCAGGAGGGAGAACCGGCCCUACUACUUUAACAGAUUCACCAACCAGUCUCUAUGGGAGAUGCCUGUGCUGGGCCAGCAUGACGUUAUUUCGGACCCUUUGGGGCUGAAUGCGACCCCACUGCCCCAAGACUCAAGCUUGGUGGAAACCCCUCCAGCUGAGAACAAGUCCCGAAAGCGGCAGCUCUCAGAAGAGCAGCCAAGCGGCAAUGGUGUGAAGAAGCCCAAGAUCGAAAUCCCUGUGACACCCACAGGCCCAUCGGUGCCCAGUUCCCCCAGCAUCCCAGGAACCCCAACACUGAAGAUUUGGGGAACAUCCCCUGAAGAUAAACAGCAGGCAGCUCUCCUCCGACCCACUGAGGUGUACUGGGAUCUCGAUAUCCAGACCAACGCUGUCAUCAAGCACCGGGGCCCUUCAGAGGUGCUGCCCCCGCAUCCGGAGGUGGAGCUGCUCCGCUCCCAGCUCAUCCUGAAGCUUCGGCAGCACUACCGGGAGCUGUGCCAGCAGCGAGAAGGCAUUGAGCCCCCUCGGGAAUCUUUCAACCGCUGGAUGCUGGAACGCAAGGUCGUGGACAAAGGCUCUGACCCCAUGUUGCCAAGCAACUGUGAGCCAGUUGUGUCGCCUUCCAUGUUUCGUGAAAUCAUGAAUGACAUUCCCAUCAGGUUAUCCCGAAUCAAGUUCCGGGAGGAAGCCAAGCGCCUGCUUUUUAAAUACGCAGAGGCGGCCAGGCGGCUCAUCGAGUCCAGGAGUGCAUCCCCUGACAGCAGGAAGGUGGUCAAGUGGAACGUGGAGGACACCUUCAGCUGGCUGCGGAAGGACCACUCGGCCUCCAAGGAGGACUACAUGGAUCGCCUGGAACAUCUGCGCAAACAGUGCGGUCCCCAUGUCUCGGCCGCGGCCAAGGACUCCGUGGAAGGCAUCUGCAGUAAGAUCUACCACAUCUCCUUGGAUUAUGUCAAACGGAUCCGAGAGAAGCACCUUGCCAUCCUCAAGGAAAACAACAUCCCAGAGGAGGUGGAGGCCCCAGAGGUGGAGCCCCGCCUGGUAUACUGCUACCCAGUACGGCUAGCUGUGUCUGCGCCCCCCAUGCCUAGUGUGGAGAUGCAUAUAGAGAAUAAUGUGGUCUGCAUCCGGUAUAAGGGAGAGAUGGUCAAGGUCAGCCGCAACUACUUCAGUAAGCUGUGGCUCCUUUACCGCUAUAGCUGCAUCGAUGACUCUGCCUUUGAGAAGUUCCUGCCCCGAGUCUGGUGUCUUCUCCGACGGUACCAGAUGAUGUUUGGCGUGGGCCUCUACGAGGGGACAGGCCUGCAGGGAUCGCUGCCAGUGCACGUCUUCGAGGCCCUCCACCGACUCUUCAGUGUCAGCUUUGAGUGUUUUGCCUCACCCCUCAACUGCUACUUCCGCCAGUACUGCUCUGCCUUCCCCGACACAGAUGGCUAUUUUGGCUCCCGCGGGCCCUGCCUGGACUUCUCCCCGCUGAGUGGUUCCUUUGAGGCCAACCCUCCAUUCUGCGAGGAGCUCAUGGAUGCCAUGGUCUCUCACUUCGAGGUGGGUAUGCUGUUUGGGGGUGGGGGAUGGCAAGCAAGACUGCCAGCACCUGGAGGGCAGCCUCUGACAUCCACCCCGUGCCACCUCCCACAGAAACUUCUUGAGAGCUCACCGGAGCCCCUGUCCUUCAUCGUGUUCAUCCCUGAGUGGCGGGAACCCCCAACACCGGCGCUCACCCGCAUGGAGCAGAGCCGCUUCAAACGCCACCAGCUGGUCCUGCCCGCCUUUGAGCAUGAGUACCGCAGUGGGUCCCAACACGUCUGCAAGAAGGAAGAAAUGCACUACAAGGUGGUCCACAACACAGCCGUGCUCUUCCUGCAGAACGACCCUGGCUUUGCCAAGUGGGGGCCAACUGCCGAGAAGCUGCAGGAGCUGAGCACCGCCUACCGGCAGUCAGGCCGCAGCCAUGGCUCCAGCUCUUCCUCCUCCUCCUCCUCGGAGGCUAAGGACCGGGACUCAGGCCGAGAGCAGGGCCCUAGCCGCGAGUCCCACCCCACCUAACACAUCUUGCGGGGAGGAGGAGCCCCAGGGUGCUAGUAUGGACCGGGACUUGGCUCUUGGGCUGCCAAUGACAUAGGAAGAUUAUGGCUCUGCCAAGGCUCCCCCUCCCUGCCCCCCCCCCCCCCCGACCCAACUUCCCACCUCAAACUCCAAGUCCCCUGUAAAUAGGCCCCAUGCCUCUCCCCACCUUCUGUGCCACCUUGUUUCAUUUGUAAAAGUAAAUAUAGAAACCCUCCGGUAAGAACGAGUGAGGGCUUUGAGGGCAGAGAAAGCUGGAGGAACCUGGAGCCUUCUGGGAUCACACCUCUGUACGUCCAGGUUCACCUCAUGACCCCUGGGCCUUAACACCCCACCCCAGGGCUCCAGUGUCUUAACUCCUCACCCUGCUGUCCCCACAACUGGAGCCCUGGUGGCCUCAGCCUGUGCCCAGCAGGUCUGGAGUCGAGAGCCCUGCACCAUCUAUCUGGUAAGUCCCUACUCCCAGAAUUGAGCCUGUGCUAACCUAUGUGGGGAGCUGAGGGUUGGCAGCUAUGCCCAGGUAGAAAGUUAGACCCCUGCUGGCCUUGGAACCACCACAGUAUGUGGGCAGCCAGGUGUGUUUUACACUCAAGUCAAGGUUCUGGAGGAAACAUAGCUCAGAGCCAUCACGGGCUGCUCCUCGGGGGUCCAGGGAGAGAAGCUGGGGGCCCUCACGGGCUGUGUGGGGCCACU